UAUGUCGUCAAUGUCUGACUUCCCCCCCAAGUCCGAGUCACAUUUGACAUGAUUUCUAGGUAGCCUUGCUCGGUGAAGUUCAUCCAGACUGGAGCAUACAAAAAAAAAAAAAAAAAUGCAAAUACUCAACCUUUGAAUGUCGUCGCCAUUACAGGGUAUACAGCCAGCCAGAGUAAACGCACGGAACAAUGGUGAAGUAUUUCUGCUGCACAGGUUUGCUCAAAAGCACCUGGGACCAAGUGUGUGUUGCUUUCUGGCAACGAUAUCCCAACCCUUACAGUAACCACGUUUUGACCGAGGACAUCAUUUUCCGAGAGGUCACUCCAACCAACUGCCUCAUUUCCAGACGUCUGUUGACCAAAACUAGCCGAUCGCCUCGCUGGAUGGAGCGGUACCUUCCAAAACAGAUGGCCAGCUCAGCGUACAUCAUCGAGGACUCUAUUGUGGACCCUCAGAAAAGGACCAUGACCACACUAACAUGGAACAUCAGCCACGCUCGCCUCAUGUCCGUGGAAGAGCGGUGCAAGUACGGAAUUAACCCCGAGAAUGGCAGCUGGACGGAGAUAAAAAGAGAAGCUUGGAUCUCCUCCAGUGUCUACGGGCUUAAUAGAGCUAUUCAGGAGUUUGGUCUUGCAAGAUUCAAGACCAGCGUUACAAAGACCAUGAAAGGCUUUGAGUAUGUGCUGGCCAAAAUGCAAGGUGAAAGUCCGUCAAGAACUUUAGCAGAAACUGCUACAGAACGAGCGAGAGAGACAGCACUGGCAGCUAAGGAGAAAGCCAAAGACCUCGCCUCGCAGGCCCAGAAGAAACAAUAUGUGUGAGCCACAUAGAUCAUCGUUUCUUUUGCUACUGAUACCGGGACAGAUUUAUCUUUACCCCUCCUCCCUUCCCUCGCCCCCCUCCUCAUGGUUCAGUCAGGGUCAUGGGUAGACACCUCUGUGAGGGAACGUCCAACUGAAAUGGUGGGUGGACCAUAAAAGGCCUGAGCUGGGUUUCAAGAGCCUGUUCCAGCCUUCCUGUUUGCAUCACGCUGAAUAUAUAUCAUACCUUUUUGAUACUUGGUAUUUACCACAGAUCUCAGAAAGGAGUGGCUGAACAUGGCUCUGGAUGCCAUAAAAUCAUAAUGGCACUCGAUAAUGUUCCCCAAACCUUUGGUCAACCUCUGUGCCCAUCGUCAACGUUUGUUUUUUACUCUGUUCCUUUUGAGUAUGUCGUGUCAUUUUACAAUAGCUCUGUAUUUAUAGCUUCUUCUCUGGAAGCUACGAUUACUACGCGGAAUAUAUGAUUAAUUCAUGUGUUUGAUUGACAUCAGUUCUGUUUUGUUGCUAUGUUAUCUUUUUGUUCAGUUCACCCAGCCACACCUUAAUCAUCCUAACAAGACUGAUUGCUUCAAGUUGAAGUUCAUUGUUGGCACCUAGCGCUGUGGUUGCAAUGGACAUCAGUGGUCUUUACCCACAUUUCUGAAAUGUGCGUGACACCUUGUAUUGUACAUUCAGCUUCAGUCUAAUGAUACAACCCAUGCAGCAAUGUGCUCUUACUGUAUCAAUCGAAUAUCAGCUUGUCAAUAAAUGGACAGCUUCUUUGUAACCAUCA